UUCAAGCAGUGUUCUUGCGAUUUUCUUUCUGCGAUUUAUGCAAAUACUUGGAUUUUCGAUUUCUUUUUGGCUAUCCAAAUAUAAUUAUCGUUUUGGGGCAUAGCCUAUUCACAUUUAGGGAUCGUUUGCGUUUUUAAACCGGACUUCGAUUCGUGCAGUACUUAUUUAUCCGAAGCUCGUCUCUGUGUAUAGAUAUGAGAUGUCAUCUUUCGUUCGUCGGCGACCCACUGAUACAACUGCGAAUUAAAAAUCUAAGAUUAUUUUUAUGUCUUUGCAUUUUCGCCCUUUUUAUUGUGACAUGUGAUUUUGUCCCUGGCAGCUGCAGGAGCGCAGAUUAUUCAUCCGAAUGCGGUGAGCACCGUUUUUAUACGGGCUAUUCUGCCUUAUAUAAUCUGCUCUGGAUAUCGUUUUUCUGAAACGAAUUGCAAAUUCGCUCGUUACAACCCCCCUAAGGCCCUUGAUGGGGCUUCUUAUUUUGUCGAUAAUCUAAACAAAAACUAUUUACGAAAAUCGUGGAAAGAAAAUCGAAAACGGCAAAUAACUGCUGAUCGUGAAAGCCCAAUCAUUUCAACGGCGCGUGCGCGAUGCAGUGAAGUGUGAAGCACUGUGAACGGCACUGACUUGUGAAUAUAACUGGCUGCCCGUGGGGUGUGCACUGUGUACUGGAAAGAAAAGUGUUUAGCCAUAAUCGGAAAUGGCUACGUACUCUCACGGCCUCACCACCCUGACCACAUUUUGCUGUUGUCACCUAUGGUCACACUAACACCGCCUUCUGCUCACCAUCGUUCACAGUGUACUGUAUAUCCAUCGGAGUUUCUACAUGAAAACAAAUGCUAGAGGAACCUGUAGAUGUUUGGCGUUACGGCGCUAUCGACGUGACGAACGAUGUCGGUGCCAUUCACCAUGGAGCGCUCAUCGACGUCGAUGCCCGGAACACCACAUGCAUCGUCGAUUUUGACUAUCCUGGCCAUCGCGCUGAGACUGUCCCCUUAUCCCGCUGCUCCUGCCCCAUUUUUUACAAGGAAGAUCUAAUUAAGUGGGACAGUAUGGUAUCGGAGCAGAGCGGCACCAAAAACCGCGAACAGCAUGCCAAAGCGUUAACGCUACUGCGACUUGACCGUUACCACCCGUGGCGUUGGUACCCGUGCCGUAUUCUCGUUAUGCGAGAUUCUUACGCAUUUGUUGAGGUUUGUAUGGAUGAAACGGUUGUCCGCUGUGUGGUCAGCAUGUUCGCUCAACGCUUGCGGCCAGCUGCUUACCGACUAAAAGGUCACCCGGAGCGUGAAUACAUGAAAUCGAAAAUGUCGCUACCAGCGGACCCACAACUGCAACAACUGGUUACAGCACAUCAGCGGGAGUGUUUGGAAGUACUGCGGCGUGAAGAGCGGGUGAUUGUGUUAGCCAUUAAUGCUACGAAGAUGGUCUACAUAUGUCCAGUUACCAAAAAGUUUCCUCCGCAAAGAUGUGAAAAGCUUCUUCGAAACCUUCAAAAGUCGCUGGCGAAUCAAGAAAUGCGAAGCAAGUAUCAAAAAAUACGAGAAUGGCAUCAUCAGAAUAUCCAGUACAAAUUUGGUUUUCUUGGACAUUUACCGAACAUCAGUAAAACACAGCAUGCAGAUGUCGAGACUUCCCAGUUUGAGUUUAUCGGUUUGCCUUUCGAACUGCAAAGAGAAAUCUUCCUCUGUCUGGACUUACAUGAUCAGCAGCGAUGUCGCCGUGUGCAUCCAAUCUGGAAUACCAUGAUAUCAUCGUGUCCGUUGCCGGUGACGAUCUGCCUAGACAAAUUCCAACAUGACCACAACCUGGGAUAUAAAUUUGCCGUGAUCCUGCACAAGACCGUCAAGACCUCCACGCCCAUGGUCACUAUUACAGGAACCUACUCUGAAGAUAUGCGCCAUGUCAGCACCAUUAUCAGUAUGCUUUCUGCAGUAGACGUUCGAGUACCUGUCGUCAACAUUUUCCUGAAAAUUGUCUGGAGCUCCGCGGGGAGCGAAUGGUUGGAGAUGUGGUCAAUACCGCGCACAGAAUGUGCACGCACGCGUCCCUUGGGGAAGCGGCUUCACGGUACGUUGACAGCGGAGCCGGCGUCAGCGGGUUUCACAGCAGAAUACGGUUUUGCCGACUUUUCGUUACUGUGCUGCUGCGAUGCCUUGUAUGGGGAACCGCCGGCAUCUCGAAUUUCAGCUUGUUACCGCAUCUGUAACUUACGCGAACUGGAGAACGUGGACGUGCAGCUGACGCUGGAUGGCGAAGUUUGGUAUAGGAAAUCUACCAACAGGGAGGAUGCGGAAAUUGAUCAUCCGCGCGCACGAGAAAGGAAAAGGUCACAUAUGCAGUUAUCCGCUGUUGGAUCACGGCAGGUGCUGAGACUGUGGCAGCCUGGUGAGCGAAUGGGACAACUAGAUCGGAUUCGCGAUUCACCUUGGGCAGGAAUAACUGAAAAGCAUCGGGAGCUGCUGUCUAAGCGGAUUCUUUUAAUGCUGCGGGACGAGCUUCAUAAGUGUUAAGCCGAAUGCACUGCUUCUGUUCGUGUAGGAAUGGGAAUCCAAAUUUUGCUCUUUGUUGUACGGAUGAUGGCUUCAUAAGUUUUAAUUUAACCGCUAAUUUGUUUGAUUUUGAUAGCAACAUGACUAUAUACCGGUACUUCAGUGGUUUCUUGGAAUUGAUCGAGAUGAUUAACUUCAUCCACACUGCAUCGCGGUACAGGCUCCGAAAGCCGAAGAGAAUCGAAGCUGGAAACAAAAAUAAGGGCAAAACAACAAAAACAUUGGGCAUGCUGACCUUGUGACUGAAUGAGACUGAAAAUGCUACAGGAUGAUGGUCCGGGAUUACUUAGUUGCAUGAGUUCUCUAAAGUACGUAAAUCUCUCUUUGAAUCACUUCUUUGUGUACAGACUGUGCCAAUGGACAUCAAAGUCCGGUUGUUAAUCUGGUUAUCUGUUUUAACACUCGCACAAUUUCUACUGCCGCUCAGGCGCAAUAAAUGCUUAAAAAACCAAGAACAAAUUCUGCAGAUGUGCCACGCUCUUUAGCCUUAUAUGUAUUCCUAGAGAAUUUGGUAAGCUAUAGAACUAGCUAAAAUUUUAGGAAAACAGAACAACUGUGUUAUUGUUAGCCAACAGAAACGGGAACACUCCCGAACCGGAAGUGGCACACGUUUUCCCUGCUUACGCUCGACCAGAUUUUUUGUUUUUGAAUCGGACAACGUACGUUGCUUGAUCCUGCUAUUCAGCAUAUUUUAAUACCGGUUUAUACUUAGGGAAAAUUAGUUUGUUGAUACGGGAAGAGAAGUUUGUGACACAAGAGACUGUAAAAAUCGCUCUGUCCGCGGUUUCACCGUCUCCCUCGGACUGGCUUUGUAGCUGAAUGCGCUGAUUUGAUUUUACUAAUGUUUCAUUUGUUGAUUAUUUGAGUAUUUGAGGCAUUCUUAUUAUUCGGUAUUCUUCAUUUCUUCUUAAUAUUAAUAAUGUUGGUUUCGCUCCAGAAAAUGAACUAAAAUUCUGAAAUAUCAUUUGCUCAUUAGGAGCCGUGUGAACACCACAUCUGAGGUCGACCUGCACAGCAACCGUGUAACAACACGCACAGAGCAAAUUGAAUUGCUGGUAACAGCUGGUUUACACAGAAAGCGAAGAGCUCACUGAAGAAACGUCAGAAGAUAAGCAUUUUGUUACGUUGUUGUUGUUAUCUGGAAAUAGCGUAAUAAAGUAGAGAUCAGUUCCUCAGAGUAAAUGGGAGCCUCGACUUCCCAGACGAGUCCAUCUCGCAAAACUAACAACCGGAUUCGCCACAAUGACGGCUCAGAUCAACACUGCUAACUUGAGUGACUACCCAGGAGUCGACUCCUCUUUGAAAUGUAAACAUAACAUCCACCUUCUUUCCUCACAGAUUCUGCGGAUGUGCGCUGCUGGCUGUUUUUUUUAGCUACGGUUGAUAUUGCAGACUUUGAAGAAACGAGUUACUAUUCAAACAACGCAAUUUUCGCAGGCAAAUGGAAUAUUAACUGAGCGUCCCAAUCUUGAUCUGCAAGUCAAUGCUCCGUAAUAUCGAUGAUAAGAAUUUACAAAACUAAAAUAGGUCGACCCAGAUUUUUUAAAUAUCGGAACUAACUCCACUCUGAAAAGCACAAAGUAAAUGAGUUAUGAGAGGAUAAAAAAAUCCAAGAUCAGACAAACUGAAUUUUUGAUUCUGUAACGGAAUGUUAAAUUUGGCGCGAGUGUGCAAAAGCCUCGUAACACAGCCGGAAAUGGGCGUGUUGCACGAUCGUGAUUGGCGCUGCCUGGCCGGCGCACAGGAAAAGCCGACGUAAAUCGAAUGUGAAAUUGUGCGAG